GCCAGAGAUCAGUCGUCAUCUUCGAGCGAAUAUAUAUUGUGAUUUUGCGAAAUUGUUGUGUUGUUGAAUUGAUAUUUGAUGUAUUUAGUGAUAUAAUUAUAAACUCGUACAAUUUGUGAUUUUAAGUUUAUUGAGUUACUGAAAGAAGACUUCUAAUUACUUCGUGUUCGAGAUCAUCUGGAGCUGAGAGUGAACUUAAUGAAUGGCAUGUCGUCGCCAUUUUGGUUAAGGACAUCUUUUAUUUGAUUUGCUAUUAGUUUAAACACGGUUAUUAUUUUAAUGUACUACUGCUAAGUUGAGUAAGUUUUUACUUGCUAUAUUAUUAAACAAUGGCUGAAAAUGGUCCAAAAGAGCCUCCAAUACAAACAGUAAGCGGAUUACCACCGAAUCAUAAUCCGUGGCUCUACAAUAUGAAUAUGUACCAUCAAUAUAAUGGAUAUCAUGGUGGUAUGUAUCCACCAUAUUACAACCAGUACUAUAACCCGAUGGUAAACAACGGAGGGUUUUCUAAUAAUAAUCCUCAUCAAUUUCAUCAAAACAAGGAGCAGAAGAUUGAUAUUAGUCAUCCCCAAUUCUCAAAACCACCUCCAACCGCCCCGUUACUUGGUAUGUCGCCCCUCGAUACCAAUCGUACAUUCUUUAACCAAUCUCCCAUUAGAUUCAAUCUCAACAAUAUGAGAAAGCCACCACCUCUACCUGUCAAUGAAAAUCCCCUUCUUUCCAACAACAAUGGUCCUAAAAAGAAACGCAAGAAGCCUAACAAUAAAUUUAAUGAAGAUAAAACGGAAGACACUACUGAAAUCCUGCCCCCACUACCUGACCAUCCUCCUCCAUUGCCACCCCUCCCUCCACCGGAAAUCCCUAAGCCCCCUCCUCCUCCCAUCGAUGUACCACUACCUCCUCCGGUGGCUACAGAAGAUAUACCUCAACCACCAGAACCAGAAGAGUUCAAAUUCAAUAUGAACGAAAGUAUUUCUAUGGUAGAAGCACAAAAUAAGAAUGCUUCUAAUUUAUUUAACGAUCCAGAUUCUAGAAACAAUUGGCCUGAAAGUUUAGAGAGAUAUAUUAAAAGAUGUUAUGAAAAAUGUAAAUCUGCAUUUGAUCGUGAUCAAAUUGAUAUAUGUCUGAAAGGAAGAAUAACUGCAGCUGCCAACAAAGAUGAAAUAUGGACUAGGAAUUGGGAUGAAGAACCAAUUCCAAGUGUUCACAGUGAAAGAAAUAAUCUAGCUGUAAAGCCUGUGCGUGGCACAUUAAAUUUGUAUCAGAAGGUAGAAAAUGCUACAGAACCUCAUAAAAGUCGUGGUUCCAUUAACACUCGGGGUUUUAAUGGUCAUAAGAACUCUCCACAGCGCAGGAGACGCCCUAGCACUAGGAGCAGGUCUAAGUCUCGGAGUCCUCCUAGAAAAAGGCUAAGCGCCUCUUCUGCUUCUGGUGACGAGGUUGAUGACAAAAAAAAUAAAGGCAAAGGCCGUCAGAAAGUAAAAGAUAGACUAUCUUUAGAUCCAAAGAAAAAUGAUAAACCAUAUCAUAAAAACACAAACAAAAAGAAACAAUCAUUUGAUCAAUUUGUUGUUGAAGAUUUCCAGGGUAAUGCUGAAAAACUGCAGAAAAGAGCUGAACGGUUUGGUAAUUCAGGUGUCCCUUCCAUAGCAAGCUCUUUACAGGGUGGAAUCAGGAGGCCAGAACCAACUGUACGUAGGCCAAUUAUCCAGGAUGCAGAUGGUGAUUAUGAAGUCAAUAAUAUGCACAUAGUAGGCACUUGUCUGGACAUAGAAAAGUCAUUUUUAAGAUUAACAAGGGCACCAGAGGCGUGUGAAGUUCGACCUGUAACAGUUUUAAGAAAUUCCCUUAAAAAUGUUAAAGAUAAGUGGGUGGAAAAACAAGAUUACACAUAUACUUGUGAUCAGCUGAAAUCUAUAAGGCAAGAUUUAACUGUGCAAGGAAUUCGAGAUGAGUUUACUGUGGAAGUGUAUGAAACACAUGCACGAAUUGCUCUUGAGAAGGGUGAUCAUGAAGAGUUUAAUCAGUGUCAGACUCAACUCAAAAUGCUGUACAGUGAAUUGCCUGACUGUAAAAGUAAUGCUCCAGAAUUUACAGCUUACAGGAUAUUGUAUUAUAUUUUCACAAAAAAUACUUUAGAUUUAACUACCAUUUUUAAGUUUCUUUCAAAGGAAGAUAGAGAAAAUAAAUGUGUCAAACAUGCGCUCCAAACAAGAUGUGCUUGGGCAACAGGAAAUUUGCAUAAAUUCUUCUUGCUAUAUAGAGCAGCCCCUAUGAUGGCAGGAUAUCUCAUGGACUGGUUUGUUGAACGAGAAAGAAAGCAGUACCUGAAAUACAUCUUAAAGUCGUACGUCCUUUACUUUUUUACAUUUGUUAUUUCAUUUUGGGGCUAUGCGCUAUGCUGCUUACAUUCAGUUAACAAUGCAAACUUUAAACUGGUACAGUUUGACAGUCUGGGGUUUAUGCCUUUUAUUUACAUAGUACAUUAUUCAACCUCAUAAAAAUAUUAUUUAUGUGCAAAAAUAAGUUAUUCAGUUUAAAAUUUGAAAUAAAAACCCAAAGUUGUAUCUGACACAGGUGAGAUGCAAUGAUGUCUUAUUUGAAAAGUUUAUCGCAAAUAAGGCGCAAUUCUCGUGCUGUAAAAGACUUGAUUAUUCCUGACCUGAGCUUUACAAACGCCUGCAGGAAUGGAUAUUUCAACUGCUUCAAUAGACUGAAUAUUUAA